UUGGUGUGGAGCCGAUCCUUCACCUCUUCUUAAAGUUGAUUCGACAGAUAAACAAGUCUUGGAAUUCAAAAAUUUUUUUGGAACGAUGAAUACAAACGAGAAAAAAGAAAUUCAUGAAUACAAGACUACAGCUAGUUCUUCGGACAUAGAAGAAAAUUCUCAACCAUCGUACAUACCCAACUUCUUGCCAUCAUUACCUGAUGGUUGCCCAGCAAAAAGAUCAGAAUUCGAAUCGGAUGUUAACAGUAACGCAAAAAAGGAAAAAGAUUUAACACAAAAAAAGAGAAAUGCAGAACUUUCUUAUUGUACCGUGAAUCCAGAAGAAACAAUCUGUGCUUUUUCGAGUUAUGGACUUCUUGGCGAUGAUACCGAAACUUCUAUGCCUGAAUUAAGUGAUUCCGAGCUUUUUGUUCUCAAACCAAUAACUAGUAAAUUUGAAAAAAUAAGAAUUUCAUAUUCUAGUAAUACUUUAUCAAGGCAAAACUCUUCAAGAAUUUCAAGACGUGUUCUUCCCAUCUUAUCGGAUGAAUUACCUCCGAAUCUGUUAUCGCGAAUAAGAAAACGAUCUAGAAAAAACCUCGAUGAAACUGAAGAAUCUACUGUUCCAAAUAUCAAAAAAGCAAAAACUGAAAAAGCGGGAAAUAUUUUGCUGACUCCCAAAAAGAAAGCAGCCACCAUUAAAACUGUGAAACCGAAACCUACCAAAAACACGUCCACACCAUCGACCAAAACAGCUAAUGAAAUAGCGAAACAAUUGCCGCCACCGCUUCCAGACAAUAACACAGAAUCGAAAUAA